CUGCCACUCCGUGUCAAUACACCCAUUUUCUUACAGUAUAGGUUUUUCCCUUAUAACAUCAGCUUCAAUCCAGCCUAGAGAGUAUAUCUUUAUUCUCCUAGUAUUGGUGCACCCACGGCUUAGAGAACUGUGUAUUUCUUUAGAUGUCUUAGGGUUUCACAGUAGCAAGGAGCUUGUGGAAAACAAUAGAGAAAUUUUUUAUAUGUGAUUAUUCAGCUUGUCCGCUAAGUAUCUCAACCAAAAAUUUCUCUGACUGGCCAUGGGUCCUUCUUGUAAUUGUUGUUGGUGCUGGAAAAGAAAGCCCACAGAAAGUGCACCACCAAAUCCUCCUGUAAAUCCCUGCACAUCCUCAUCACAAGAUCUAGUCACUACUUCCAUAAAUCCAUCUACACAUUCUCCUAAUCAACUUCAGAUGGUGAUCUCCUCCACACAGCCAUCAUCUACAGCACCACACCCACCUCCUUCUUCCAAAAAGCCACCACGCACGCUCGAAGAAGUUAUCAGCAAUUUUCAAGAAAUCGACAUUAAAAGCCAGGGAGAUGGUUUUAUCAAAGCCAUUGAAGAUAACUUAAAGACGGCUCAAAAGCGUACAACAGAUACUCCAAGCACAAGUAGUUCUCAUACAGACAAGCCGUCAAACUGGGCUUCAAUUAUCCAGAGCGGAGGCACAUUUUUAAAAUUUGUUAAUGAUCAUACAGAGAAAAUAAAAAUCGACACUAAGGAUAGCUCUUGUCAGUUGGGAGAAGCAACAAAAAUUGUAGGAAAUAUACUUGAGCAAAUUGGGCAGGUGCAUUGGGCAGUUGCAGGGCUAUCCAUGGUAGGCUAUCUGGUCUCAAAAUGUGCAAAAGUAUCAGAGAACAGGAUUGAAUGUGUAGAGCUCUUGCAACAAAUGAUCAAGCUUGUAUCUCAUAUUACAAAGUUAAACAUUUUUAUAAAAGAAGAAAAGGUGAAAUUUGAAGAAGCUUUUCAAUACAUUAUAGAAGGAUCUCUAAGUUGCGCAUCCCAACAACAACCGGGAAAAUUUUUCAGCUUCUUGAAAUCAAGUGUAAACUCUGAGAAAUUGAGCGGUAUUCGCACCAAGAUGAGUGAGCUCUAUAUGGAUCUGAAUUUGACGGCUACAACAAAGGUUCUUGAUGAAACAUUACAGCAAAAGACGGUCACAAAACAAAUAUUAAGGCAGAAGACGGUUAGAAAAGAAAUAUUACCACAAGUCUUUCCGGAGGGCACAGUUGGAAUCGAAGGUCAAGUGAAAGCAGUAAAUGAGCUCCUCGACAUGGAAAAUAUGGAAGAUUGCUCAUCUUUUGCCGUUGUUAUUUGGGGUUUGGGUGGCAUUGGAAAGACAACUCUUGCGAAAGCUGUUGUCUCCACUGUAGAUAGAAACCGUUACAACUAUGCCAGAAUUGAAUUAGAUUUGGAUUCUGGAAAAAAUAACUAUAAAGAAAUGCAGCAACAAAUUUUGAAGGAUGCCUUUCCAAGCUAUGAGGAGGGAAGAAAAAUAGAUUUGAGAAAUGAUGAAGAUGGUAGAGAGAACUUAACUCAGGCCUAUAAAAGUGGAGCAGAAAAGCCUGUGUUUUUAUAUAUUGAUAAUGCUCUGCACAUAAAAGACUUGGAGAAAAUUCUGCCGGAAAACUUGCGAGGUCUUCCCCAGAAUAGCAGAAUUCUUGUUAUGACCAGAAUCUUGAUUGUCACAGAUGUGCUUCAGGAACGUGGUCAAAACUCUCUCCCACCAUCAUGCGCUCACAAUUCUGUGCAAUGACCCUGCAAUCCGUCAUGAUUAUAAAGAUGAUCUAGAAAGGAUUGUCAAGCUCUGCAGCGGUAUUCCGUUGGUUCUGAAAAUUGUUGGUGCACAUUUGCGCAAGCAGGAAUAUAAAGCAGAUCGUUGUACACAGAUACUUGAAGCUUUACAUACAGGACAAAAAAUCAAAGAAAAGGACCUCAGCAACUGUUUGUUUGACUUUGUAUAUAGCAAGUUGGAGGAGUCUACUCAAGACGCAUUCUUAGACAUCUGCUGUUUCUUUCACAAUAAUUGGCCUCGUCGAUGGGUAGAGUACAUGGUGGGGGCUGAGGAAGUCGCAUUCCUUGUCGAUGCAGCAUUGAUCACCACAGUGAUGGAUGAGUACGAGGAGGAGAAAGAGGUGGAGGUGUUGUCUGUUCACGAUAUUAUUCGAUCAAUAGGGUGCACUAUGUCAAAGUCGAGUAGAAUUACGGAUGAGGAUUCGUGGUUUGAAGCUGAAAAGGAUGAGGCCAAGAUGAAAGGAAUUAAAGGAAUCUGGCUUCAAAAGAAAGAUUGCAGGCUUGAGAAGAGACACCUUCGUUCGAUGAAGGAUACAUUAAGAAUCCUGAGGUGGGAGGGUAUUAUAGAUGUCCACGCGACAGACGCAGUGGCACUGCCAGAGUUAAGAUGUAUUUACACAAGUUCUGAUAUUUGUGGGCUGAAUGUAGAAACACUUAAAAAAUUGCGUUUAUUGGUAGUUUCAAAGCUUUCCAUUAA